UGCUGGAUACACACACAGCUCAUUUUCUCACUCUCUAGGUUUCUCUCUUUCCUUGGACGCUUCUCCUCUCUCAGCUUUUUUUUUUUUUUCCGGGAAACCAUACAAUUUGCUUAUUUUUUUUCCAAGAAAUCUAGUGAAUCAUCAGUAUACUGCACACGAUAGCAGGACCAUCUCUGGAAAAUCAUGCCUGUGUUUUCACCCCCAGCUUCCUUUUAGCUCCUUCUGUUCUCCGCUUCAUCUGCUAAACCCACAGUUAUGUCAACCUCUGGGAAAAAUGGAGAGCAAUGGCAGGGCCUGGAGUCCUUGGGGAUUAGCCGGAAGGAGCUGGCACUGGCAGAGGCCUUACAGAUGGAGUAUGAUGCACUUUCUCGAUUGCGACAAGAGAAGAGGCCACCUGGGAGUAAUGAAAACCAUCUUAUCUCCUGGGAUGAUGUCAAUCAAGCUCCUCCGAGUGUGCCCUCUCCACCAAAAACCAAGCCACAUACUUCUGGAGAUUAUCUUUAUAUUUAUGAUGAUGAUUACCACAGUAAUGGCCGGGGAAAAGGUGGGACUUCACCCAAAAAUCUUUCUCCUCCUCCUCUACCACCUCGGACCCACAUCUUAAAUCAACGCAAAGAAGUGUCACCUUCCAAUUCAAGCAAAUGUUCCCAUACUCGGGAUGUAAAUGUGUACAGUGGUGAUAAGGGAGGAAAACUGCUUAGUCGAAGGAUUUCAGAAAUUGAGGAUGAAGAUGAGGAGGAGCUGGGAGGAAGGAGGGGAAGUGGGAUCUGUGACCUGGACUAUGAGGGCCUUAAUGACACCCUUACCCACCUCAAUUUGGCAUCUACAUAUGAUUCAAAGCUGCUCCGCCAGGCUGCUGGGCACUGGAAGGCAGAAGGACCGAAAGUAGUAACAGGAAAGCCAGUGGCAAGAAGCAACACUCUCCCCCCACAAGUCCCACCUCGUACCUAUGUUCACAAAGCAUCUAGGGUGUCAGUGGGUCCGGACUCAUUCCGGCCCUAUCCCCAGCAGAAUGGCUGUGAGCUGUUUGAGGUAUCGGAGCAGAGGGAUGAGGAAACUGCUGCUUUCUGUCACUUGUUGGAUGGCCUGCGUUCCGACCACAGUGUUACAGAUCACAGAGUCAGCGGCAUUGUGUGGAGUCCUGUCAACCUCAGCCCUGAGCACCUGGGUCACGGGGUCAACCUGAAGAUCACAGUGCUGUGGGACAGCCUGCGGGAGCCGCUGACCUUCACAUGUGACUGUUCUUCUACUGUGGAGCUCCUUAUUUACCAGACGCUUUGCUGCAUGAGUGAGGAUCUGGAGGAUCUUAACGUAUCGGACUACGUGCUCAAGCUCUGUGGGUUGGAGGAGUUCCUGCAGACUGAGCAACCUCUGGGAAGUCAUGAACAUAUCCAGCAGUGCAGAAAGUUUGACACAGAUGUUCGAUUGCAGCUAAUGAGGAAGGAGGAAGUGCGAUUGGAUCUCUCCAGAACGGCCAGUGACAGUCAAAGCCCAUCUACUUUCAACCAUCACAUUCAUCUCCAGGAAAGACCUGUCAAACAGACAAUCAGUAGACAGGCUUUGUCUCUACUGUUUGACACUUUUCAUAAUGAGGUGGACGGAUUUGUUGCAGCUGAGACAGAUUUACAUCACCGAGCAGAAAGGGUUGUGCAGUCAGUAAAAGCUAUUUGCAAUGCACUUGCAUCUGUAGAGACUCUGGAAAUUAGCAAUGCCCUGAACCAACUCCCACCCUGCCCCUCUCGUGUGCAGAUCAAAUCCAACAAGGACCCUGGGAUCCUAAUGAUGCGAGAAAACAGAGAGCAAGUUGUGGAAGGCCUCACAGCAGCCAUUUUGGAUCUGGUCCAACUUUAUUGCAGCACUUUCAAUGCCGACUUCCAGACUAUAUUGCAUUCUGAACGCAAGCAAAGCCUGACACAGGAUGCUUGCUUACUGAACAGCCCAUUGUCAUUCACAGUCUAUGCUGCACAUCGAAUACCCAUCACUUGGGCGACUAGCUACGAGGAUUUCUAUGUAUCCUGCUCCCUGAGUCAUGGCGGGAAGGAGUUGUGCGCUGCAAUGCUGACCCGCAAGAUUCAUUUGUACAAAUCUCUCUUCCACCUCAUCAUGUGGGACCAAAUGAUCUGUUUUCCAGUCCAAAUCAACCGCUUGCCGCGGGAGACACUCCUCGCAGUCACUCUUUACGCCACUCCCCUCCCUCCCCCUGGGAGCUCCUCGGAAACCAGCAAACAAAGGCGAAACCCAGAGGCGCUAGGUUGGGUGACCACUCCCCUCUUCAACUUCAGACAAGUUUUAACCUGUGGCCGUCGUUUAUUGGGUCUCUGGCCAACAACAAAGCAUGGUAGUGCCAGUUUCAGUACGCCCAAUGUGAACCAGCCAGACAGCAUCAUCUUGCAGAUUGAUUUCCCCACUUCAGCUUUUGAUGUGAAAUUUACAAAGCCAGAAGCUGAGGCGUACAGUCCAGAGUACGAGUUUUCCAGCCUGGGGGAAGAGGACCGGAAGAGGAUGCAAGAAGCAAUGCAGAAAGAGUCGUUAUAUUGGUUGACAGAUUUGGACAAGCAUUGCCUUUGGGAGAAGCGCUAUUACUGCCACUCUGAGAUCAGUUCCUUGCCCCUGGUCCUAGCUAGUGCCCCCAGCUGGGAGUGGGCAUGCUUACCAGAUAUCUAUGCCCUAUUAAGUCAGUGGACUCCUAUGAAGCAUCAGGAUGCCCUUGGGUUGCUUCAUGCCAAAUUCCCGGACCAGGAGGUGAGGCGUACUGCUGUACAGUGGAUUGAUUCCAUCUCAGAUGCUGAACUCCUGGAUUAUCUCCCACAGCUUGUACAGGCGCUGAAAUACGAGUGUUAUCUAGACAGUCCUUUGGUCAGGUUUCUAUUGAAAAGAGCCAUAAGUGACCUACGAAUUACUCAUUAUUUCUUCUGGUUGCUAAAAGACUGUUUGAAGGAUUCACAGUUUAGCAUUCGGUAUCAGUACCUGCUUGCUGCUUUACUGUGCUGCUGUGGGAAGGGUCUGAGAGAGGAGUUUGAUAGACAAUGCUGGCUGGUCAACACACUGUCGAAAUUAGCUCAGAAGGUCCGUGAGGCUGCUCCUUCAGCCAGACAGGCAAUACUAAAGGAAGGCCUUGAGGAUGUCAAGCAGUUCUUUAAUGUAAAUGGGUCCUGUCGUCUUCCUUUGAGCCCCAGCUUUCUAGUUAAAGGGAUUGUGCCUCGGGAUUGCUCCUACUUUAACUCGAAUGCUGUGCCGCUGAAACUAACUUUCCAAAAUGUGGACCCAUUGGGCGAGAACAUCCGUAUCAUAUUUAAGUGUGGGGAUGACCUCCGCCAGGACAUGCUGACCCUUCAGAUGAUCCGUAUAAUGAAUAAAAUCUGGGUACAGGAGGGUCUGGACAUGCGCAUGGUGAUCUUCCGCUGCUUUUCCACAGGCCGUGGACGAGGAAUGGUAGAGAUGAUCCCUACAGCCGAGACUUUGCGAAAGAUCCAGGUGGAGCACGGAGUGACUGGUUCCUUCAAGGACAGACCACUAGCUGAUUGGCUACAAAAACACAACCCAACAGAGGAUGAGUAUGACAAGGCAGUUGAGAAUUUCAUCUAUUCAUGUGCCGGGUGCUGUGUAGCAACGUAUGUACUGGGGAUCUGCGAUCGGCACAAUGACAAUAUCAUGCUGAAGACCAGUGGACACAUGUUUCACAUUGACUUUGGUAGAUUCCUGGGUCAUGCACAGAUGUUUGGAAAUAUAAAGAGAGACCGUGCACCCUUUGUUUUCACUUCUGACAUGGCCUAUGUCAUCAAUGGAGGAGACAAGACAUCUAGCCGGUUCCAUGACUUUGUGGAUCUAUGCUGCCAGGCCUACAAUCUUAUCCGCAAGCACACGCACCUUUUCCUGAACCUGCUUGGAUUGAUGUUGUCCUGUGGCAUUCCAGAGCUGUCUGACUUGCAGGAUCUGAAGUACGUGUACGAUGCCCUACGGCCACAGGACUCUGAGGCAGAUGCCACAACUUAUUUUACCAGGCUUAUUGAGUCUAGCCUGGGAUCUGUGGCCACCAAACUAAACUUCUUCAUCCACAACCUGGCUCAGAUGAAAUUCAGUGGCUCAGAUGACCGCCUGAUGUUGUCUUUUGCUCCGCGGAUGUAUACGAUGAAGGCAGAUGGGAGGUUGAGUGAUGUCUUCUUGACCCAAUACAAGAAGAUAUUCAGCCCUAAUAAAGGAUAUGUGUUUGUCAUAAAGGUGGUAAGAGAGGGCAGCCGUGAAUCUAUUCUAAUCCAGAGAUCAUAUGAAGAAUUUCAGGAGCUGCACAGCAAACUAAGACUGCUGUUUUCAUCCUCACAGCUUCCCAGCUUCCCAAGCAGAUUUGUGAUUGGACGAUCUCGGGGAGAAGCAGCAGCAGAAAGACGUAAAGAAGAACUGAAUGGAUAUGUCUGGCAUUUAAUUCACGCAGCCCCUGAGGUGGCUGAGUGCGAUUUGGUUUACACCUUUUUCCAUUCUCUGCCUCGAGAUGAGAAAAACAGCAGCAAUACUGUAACGCCAAGACCGUCAGAUGCCUCAUGGGCUGUGCCAGUGGGUAAGGUUGGAGGAGAGGUCAAGCUUUCUAUAUCUUACAAGAAUGACACACUGUUUAUUAUGGUGAUGCACAUCCGAAGCCUGCCUCUUCAAGAUAAUAAUGAGCCGAAUCCUUAUGUAAAGAUUUACCUCCUGCCAGAUCCUCAGAAAACAACCAAGAGAAAAACCAAAGUAGCUCGCAAAACGUGUAACCCCACGUAUAAUGAGAUGUUGGUGUAUGACAGGAUCCCCAAAGGAGACCUUCAGCAGCGUGAAAUACAUUUGUCUGUUCUAAGUGAGGAGGGAUUCUGGGAAAAUAUUCUACUUGGUGUGGUCAGCAUCCGACUGCGAGAUCUGGAUCUCAGCAGUAGUAACAUAUGUUGGUUCCAGCUAGGAUCUGCCAGUCAGACAGAUGUUUAAAUGCCCUGGUUCAUGUCAACCACGAAAAAAGCAUGUGUCACCACUUUUGUGACUGCUCUAUAAUGUCUAGAAUUUUUUUGUUUUAUUUUGGGUUUUUUAUAAAGCUGUCAUAACAAAAACAAGCUCAAAGAGUUUAUUUGACAGCUGAUAUAAAAAUAUUUUUUUUUUCCAAGGGAAUUCGAGAAACUGCAGAUAAUAUGGACUUCCUUCUACAGAAGGGUUUCAGGAAAAGACUGGAAAAUCUACAGUACUUCAAUACGUUUACCUUGUGUCAAGGGAACCAGGACUGGACAGAAGGUGCUGGAAAUAACUGGGAUUUUACUUGCAGGGGAUAUACAGAUGGGGUGAGGGAAAAUUCAGAAUGACUAAUAAUUUUUAUUUUGAAAAUUAAAAAUGCUUUUCGUUCAUAAGGGACGUUCAGACUAGAGUGGGUGGGGCUUAGGUCUAGAGAAAUAGUGGCAUCUGAAAAAGUUGUACUGAUCUGCCGGUGCAAAUAUAAUUAAGCAUCUUCUGAGUUUAGAAAGAAACAGAAUUUAGUGUUUUGUUUUUUAAACACUGUUAUGCACAUCUGUAUGUAGGGCAUUCAUUUUUGAUCCCAUUCAUUUUUUUUAUUUUUUUUUCACUUUGUCUUUAUUUUAUAUUUUAUUUUUUGCCAUGUAUUUAUUUAAAUUUUAGUCACUUGUUAUCUAUCAGCUUUAUUUUCUGCUGAUGUGCACUCUGAAUGUAACUGAAACAAACUUCUUUUUUUAAUGUUCCGUAAGUCAAAAUUAAGAUAUAUGGGAUAUGGAGGGAUAAGACAGUUGAUACAUUAAGACGGUAACUUCAUACAAAUGAUAAAAGCAGGAACGUUUUUGGCACUAGAAAUUUAUAAAGGUUCUUCUUUUUACUACUACUUUACUUCUAAUUUAAAAAAGAAAAUAAUAAUAAUAACUUGAAUCAUGGGUUUAAAGGGAGGUCCACUUUCCUUGAAGACAUUAUAUUUGCUUAUUUAUUUGGUUACUUAAAAUCUUCAUUUAGUUAUUAAGCCUACAGUAUUGGCUACAUGAAAACGGAUAACUAAUGUGCACACAAAUGACAUGGCAAAACCUUAUUGGCCAGUGGAAUUGAAGCUUGAUUUGCUUUCCUGUCGCUAUCCCAACAGAGGCAAAUCAUCAACUUGAAAUAUCAAAUUACAGAAGUUUCCAAAUGAACAUUUUGAUAAACUUAAAAAGAUACUGAUUUAAUAUUGCAAGUUUUUUUUUUAAGGUAAAGAUGGAUUUUUUAUUCAUAAGUGGUUGCAACUGUAGGAUGACAAGAUAACAUAUACAAUAUUUAAAUUACCACUAUCUUGUAUACAAUGGAUUACUGUUGAGAAUUUGUUGUUCUUCAAUUAAUUUCUUGGAAGAAAGGACUUUCACAAAACUGGAAAGUAUUUUCAGGUCUUUAAGAUAAGGUGGGGAUUUGGAUGGGGCUCUGUAAUUCUUUAAUGGUGAGAAUUGGGGCUCAAUUAUACUGUGCCGCUGUACAAUUUAACAAAAUUGCUUCCCAAGGAGAGCUCGUUUUAAAUGAGGGCAUAAAUUCCUUUGCCCCUGCCUAAUACUGACCACUAAUGAUAUGUGUUUGUGCUGAAUAAAAUAACCACAUUUUUUUUUCUCUUUUCAAAA